GAUUUUAGCAUUGAAAAAUAAAAAUCACUAAGAGAACAGACAUAUGGAAUUAAUGUGAAUUUUGCAUGUCAUAGUCUUGUUGACUUUAUUAUUAAAAGUGAGCUUAAAAAAUUGUUUAAUUCUAGAGUAAUAGAUACGGAAGUAUCUAUAAAACUAGUAUGCAUUUAAAUUUACUUGCAUGCAGUCGUCAGUUAUUCCCCGUACUCAUCAUUAAUUCGUUUCGUUACAAUAGUAAAAUAAUAAACUAAACUUAAAAAGCUGUUUUAUUUCCUUUUAAAUUUAAAAAUUUUUAAAUAAUUAAAAAUGACUCAACCCGAAUGGUUAACAGCACAAUUUAUAGAACGUGUGUUAAGGGAUGCAGAUAAAGAUAAAUCAGUUUCUGUGACGGACAUCGUUGUAAAAAUUGCGACUAAUAAAGGUGAUAAUUACACCAGUGAAAUGUAUCGUGUUUAUUUUAAAUUAACGAAAAUUGAAGCUGAACAUAAAGUAUCUAAACAAAGUACACUUCUUGUAAAAGUACCUCAUACUACUGAACAAAUACACAAAGAAUUAGUGGAAGAUGCUAAAAUAUGUGACAAUGAAAUAAAUAUGAUGACUUCGACUUUGAAAGAUAUGGAAUUAGUAUUAAAAGAUACUAAACUGAGUGGUCGAUGUUAUUAUACUAAUAAUAUAAAUCCUCCGGUAUUAGUUAUCGAAGACUUAACACCAUUAGGUUUUCGUAUGGCCGAUCGUCAAGCACGUCUUGAUAUUCAACACUGCAUUUUGGCAUUACAAAGAUUAGCUAAAUUUCAUGCAAGUUCAGUAUUGGUUUGUGAAAAUACACCUAAGCAUAAGGAAUAUUAUACUAAAGGAAUGUUUUGUGAUGGUUUUCCGCCUGAAUUAAUAAAAUUUUUCACAAAUGGAAUAAAAGCUACUGCGAAAGUAGUUGAGUCAUGGCCAGAAUUAAGUAAAAAGUGCACAGAGAAACUUAAAAAGUUGUCUGAUACUGCUUAUUUUAAAGCAUGUGAAAUAGCUAAACUGAGAGAAUCUGAAUUCAAUGUAAUAAAUCAUGGUGAUUUUUGGGUUAAUAAUAUGUUGUUUAAAUAUGAUGACCAAGGCAAUGUCAUAGACCAUAUUUUUGUUGAUUUUCAAGUUUGUGUUUAUGGAACACCUGCUUUAGAUCUUCUGUAUUUUUUAAACACAAGUGUUUUGGAACAAGUAUUAAUAGACCGAAAAAAUUUUCUCAUUGAAGAAUAUGUAAAAACUCUCUCUACAACAAUGAAAAAUAUUGGGUGUAAAACUUGUCCUCCUAGUAUUGAUUACAUAAAAAAGAUUUUAAUUGAAAAAGAAUUUAUUGGUUUUGUAAUAUCCUGCACUUGUCUUGCAGUCAUGCUGACUGAGAAAAGUGAAGCCCAAGGACUUGAUGAAAUAAUGGGAACAGAUGACACCGAAUUUAAUCCUCGUGCAUAUAAAAAUGAGGCUUAUAAAAAAAUAAUGGUAAGAAGGCUCCAAGAGUGGGAUGCACGCUCUAGAAAUAUUAGUAAAAAAAUGGCAAAACCUGAAUGGCUGACAGCACAAUUUAUAGAAAAUAUACUUAAAAAUUCCGAGAAAGAUAAUUCGAUUUUUGUGAAAAAAAUUUCAACUGAAAACGCAACUAAUAAAGGUGAUAAUUACGCAAGUGCAAUGUACCGUGUUAAUUUUGAAUUUAUAUGCGAUGGCAGUGAUAAAAAAAUUGAAAAAAAAAAUUCUCUUAUUGUAAAAGUUGCUCAUAUUUACGGGAUUUGGGAACAAAUAAUAAAAACUACCAAACUUGUAUUUAACGCUGAGUCAAGUUUUAUGGCGUCAUCAAUGAAAGACAUGGAAAUAGCUUUGAAAAAUACAAAACUUGGUCCUCGAUUUUUUUAUUACCAAGAAAAAAAUCCUUUGUUAUUAGUUAUGGAAGAUUUGACACCAUUAGGCUUCCGUAUGGCCGAUCCUCAAGCACGUCUUGAUAUUCAACACUGCACUUUGGCAUUACAAAGAUUAGCUAAAUUUCAUGCAAGCUCGGUAUUGGUUUGUGAAAACACACCAGAAUACAAAGGACAUUAUACCAAUGGAAAAUAUUCUUAUCUUCCUGAAAUAACAAGUUUUUUUAGAAAUGGAAUGAAAUUUCUUGUAGAAGAAAUCAAGACCUGGUCAGAGAUAAAUGAAGAAUGUUUUAAAAAAUUAAAUGAACUGGCAGAUACAGCUUAUGAAAGAGCAUGUGAAGUAGGAAAACUAAAAGAAAAUGAAUUCAAUGUAAUAAAUCAUGGCGACUUUUGGGUUAAUAAUAUGUUGUUUAAAUAUGAUGACAAUGGCAAUGUCGUAGAUCAAAUAUUUGUUGAUUUUCAAUUUUGUCAUUAUGGAACGCCUGCUUUAGACCUACUGAAUUUUUUAAAUACUAGUGCUUCUGAAAACGUGCUAGUACAACACAAACAUUCUCUGAUUGAAGAAUAUGUAAAAACCCUUUCUACAACAAUGAAAAUUAUUGGAUGUCAAACUUGUCCUCCUAGUCUAGAUUAUAUACAAAAAAUAUUGAUUGAAAAAGAAUUUAUUGGUUUUGUAAUAGCGUGUACAAGUCUUCCAGUCAAUCUAAUGGAUAAAAAUCAAGCACAAAAUUAUUUUGAUGAACUACUAAGUACUGGUGAUGCUCAAUUUAAGACAAAUAUAUAUCAGAAUAAAGUGUUUAAAGAAAUAAUGGUACGGAGGCUCAAAGAAUGGAAUGCUCUUGGAAUAUUGGACCAAUAAUUAGAUACACAUAAAUUAAAGAAUUAAGCUAUUAUUGUACGUGAUCUUCUUAUUAAGAGACUAGGCAAUAUUAGAAACAGAAAUAAUUAUAUUUUUUAAACUUAUUAGAUUUUUAGAAUUAUUCAAUAAAAUAAUGAGCUGUAUUCAUAAAAUUCUAUUAAUAUUGAAAACGUUUAUGCCGAUCCAUUAACCUUUUCUUAUUAGUUAUUGUGCAGAAGCUAGCGAAAUAAAAAUAGUGGUUACUUUUCGAUUCAAAAGCUUGUUUCUAGACAGAAACAAAUUUUUCAACUGUGUAUUUUAAAUAA